ACAGGAAGGAGAAGACAGCAACGAUGCCCGACUCGCCCGCCGAGGUGAAGACGCAGCCCCGCUCCACGCCCCCCGGCAUGCCGCCCCCAGCGCCUGCCGUGUCCCAGGGGGCCACCCGGCUCCCCUCCUUCACGCCUCACACAAUGAUGAACGGCAGUCACUCACCAACAGCCGUCAACGGUGCCCCGUCCACACCCAGCGGCUUCAGCAAUGGCCCAGCCACCUCAUCCACAGCCUCGCUGUCCACGCAGCACCUGCCCCCGGCCUGUGGGGCACGGCAGCUCAGCAAGCUCAAGCGCUUCCUCACCACCCUGCAGCAGUUUGGCAGCGACAUCUCCCCGGAGAUCGGGGAGCGCGUCCGCACGCUGGUGCUGGGGCUCGUGAACUCCACGCUGACCAUCGAGGAGUUCCAUUCCAAGCUCCAAGAGGCCACCAAUUUCCCUCUGCGUCCAUUUGUCAUCCCCUUCCUGAAGGCAAACCUGCCCUUGCUGCAGAGGGAGCUCCUGCACUGCGCCCGCCUGGCCAAGCAGACCCCUGCCCAGUACCUGGCCCAGCAUGAGCAGCUCCUACUGGACGCCAACGCCUCCUCACCCAUCGAUUCCUCCGAGCUCCUGCUGGAAGUCAAUGACAAUGGCAAGAGGAGAACACCUGACAGGACCAAAGAGAACGGGUCGGACCGUGACCCGCUGCACCCUGACCACCUCAGCAAACGGCCGUGCACCCUGAGCCCCGCCCAGCGCUACAGCCCCAGCAAUGGGCUGCCCCACCCCACGCCCCCGCACUACCGCCUCGAGGACAUGGCCAUGGCCCACCACUUCCGCGACUCCUACCGCCACCCUGACCCCCGGGAGCUGCGGGAGCGCCAUCGGCAACUCGCGGUGCACGGGUCCCGGCAGGAGGAAGUGAUCGACCACAGGCUCACGGAGCGGGAGUGGGCAGAAGAGUGGAAGCAUCUCAACAACCUUCUGAACUGCAUCAUGGACAUGGCUGAGAAGACACGGCGGUCACUCACGGUCCUGCGCCAGUGCCAAGAAGCUGACCGCGAGGAGCUCAACCACUGGAUCCGGCGCUACAGCGACACUGAGGACGCCAAGAAGGGCCCCGUGCCUGCCACCGCCCGGCCCCUCAACAGCUCCGUGGGCGCAGAGGGGUCUCAGCUAGACACCCACCGGGAGUUCAUGCCUAGGACCCUCUCUGGCUACAUGCCCGAGGAGAUAUGGAGAAAGGCUGAGGAGGCAGUGAAUGAGGUGAAGCGGCAGGCGAUGUCUGAGCUGCAAAAAGCCGUGUCGGACGCCGAGCGAAAGGCUCACGAGCUCAUCAGCACAGAGCGUGCCAAGAUGGAGCGGGCCUUGGCUGAAGCCCGGCGGCAGGCCUCGGAGGACGCCCUGACCGUGGUCAACCAGCAGGAGGACUCCAGUGAGCCCGCCGGCCGCUGCCCCCGGCCCUGGGAGCCGCUGCUGCUACCGCUUCUCUCCAAAAGAAAACAGAACCAACAAAAACUGCAUCAACGCAACUUCCUCAGCUACCUGACGGUCUCACGCCACGACCGCUCCGAGCGUCCUCAGAGACCCCCACCGAGCUUUAGCCGGCAGAGCGGCCGGGCCGGAGCGUGA